AAAAUUUGUUCCGUUUAGUCCCCACGGCAAAUUUUGGUGCGUUAAUGUCCAACAUUUGGGCUCUUUUUGUCAAAAACGCCAUUUAGCAGGUUUGGAGCCCGUCAUCCGGUGACAUUCAACCUGUUAAAGAAAUACCCUCAUAAAAAAGGGAAUCCCAACUUUGGUCCCCCUCUCUCAUUUACGUAGCCCUUUUCCCUCAUUUACGUAGCUCUGAUCAAAGCAUCUUCACGCACCAAUGGCUGCAUCGUCUUCAAACUCAGCAACUUCAUGUAGAACAAAACUUGUUAAAUGUUAUUGUGGUGAUGUGUGCUACGUAGCAGUGUCAAAAACACCAGAUAACCCUGGUAGAAAAUUUUGGGGAUGCCCUAAUUUCAAGGAGUCUUCAAGGUGUCAUUUUUUCAAGUGGGUGGAUGAAUGUGGGAACAAAUCUAUCCGACAAGAGGAUGAAUUGAUGGGUUUGAUGAAGAUUGUUGCUGAAUUGAUGGGUUUGAUGAAGAUUGUUGCAGGGUUGUUAAUGUUUAAUGCAAUAAUUCUUGCAAUUGUUGUCCUAAAAAUGUAAUUUAGGUAUUGUACUUUUGCAAUGUGGUUGGUAAUGUAAUGCAUUUAUGUUUUGAACUAGAAUCACUAUAAUUUAGGCAAUGAUAAUGUAAUGGUAAUCCUUUUUGUAGUCUUUCUAAUUUGGUAUGUGCAAAGUUGUAAAUGGUAACCUAAUUUAGGCAUUAAAUAAUAAUAUCAAUAUAGGGCAGUU